AUUACUUCACGUUAGUUUUUAAUAACAACAACCUGAAAGCGACGGUUGCGUUAUUAAAAAUACGACAGAUUUUACACAGGCUGGAGCUGCAGUAUUGUGUUAUUUCUUCCAGGAAUAGUUAUUUAUCUCCAAAGGCUCAACCUUAGCUGCAGUAAUAAGAUUAUUCUUUUGGAGCAAAUCCAGUAGAGAAGAUACCGAACACCGCCAACUACAAUGGAUGAAGAGAGUCCUCCCUCUCUGACUGACAUGAGUUUGAUGUGUGUCUGCCAUAAUGUGGAAGAGCUUUGUGUUGCGCAAGAGGACGGGUCACUACAGUUUCAGCACUGCCCUGUGUUUCCUCAAGAGUUGGCUGAUCAGCUGCUGCACAAAAUGGCCAGUGAGGGAGUCCUCAAUGACAGAACUAUAGGAAUUUUCCAGAAUCUGCAGCAUCUGCGGUUGCGGCGAGCUCACAUCCAGUCCUCGCACAUCUCGGCGGAGGCUUUCAGACUGGCUCUCUGCAUUCACAAGCUUCAAGAACUGGAUAUUUCCCAUACACAAAGCAACAUCUCAAUCUCAGAAGUUCUCCACAGUCUCGCCUCCAGCAAACUCUGCAGACAGAGCCUCCAAACACUGCUGAUGGACGGGUUAUGUAUUUACGGAGAAACGAACGUGAAUGCCCGCUUUAGCAUGCUCCGUGGCUUAAAAAAGCUCUCCUUAGCCGGGACGGAUCUAAACGACAGCUCUUUGGAGGACAUCUGUACCAUUCCCAUGCUAGAAAACUUAGAUAUCUCAAGCACAAACAUCACAGAUUUAACACCUUUACUGAAUUGCCAGUCACAGCUAAAGUCUCUAACACUCCAUGGCCUUCAGAAAUUGGAGAUGAAAGCCUCCAGAGUUAAUUUGGUGUUCUCCAAGCUGGAGUUUCUGAGGCAUUUGGAUAUCUCGAAUGAUAAGCUUCUGGUGGACGUUGAUCAAUUGGUGCAGCAGCUCUUGGAGCAGCCUGGGAUCCUUCUGAAUCUUGUGUCGCUCGAUGUUUCGGGAUGGAGAGGUGUGAGCGAUGCUACCAUACAAGCAUUUGUGGAAAAUCGUCCAGGGAUGAGGUUUAUCGGGCUGCUGGCCACAGGAGCAGGUGGCUCUGAGAUGCUGCGUGGAAAUGGAAAUCUGAAGGUGGCUGGAGAGUCUAAUUUGCACCAACUGUGUGAAGCCUUGAGGAGAUACAGCGACCGCGAGAGUUUCAUACGAGAGGUUCUUGCUCAUCUUUACAGUCACACCAGUGAAUUAGCAGAACCUCAGCCAAACAUUUUAAAGCUGGUUUUGGCAGGGAUGCGACGGCACACAGAUUCUCUCCAUGUUCAGCUCGUGGCCUCUGCGUGUGUGUUUAACCUGACUGUUCAGGAGCUGGUGCUGGGGAUGCCACUACACCUGCUGGGAACUGUGGUAAAACAGCUUCUUAUAGCCAUGAAGAACUUCACAAAACACGAGCAGUUGCAGAAGAAUUGCCUGCUCACCCUUUGCAGUGAUCAUAUCUUACAGGUCGUCCCGUUUGACAGAUACGAAGCAGCUAAGCUGAUAAUGAUGUUGCUGGGGAAUCACGAAGAUCAGACGGUGCAGAGAAUGGUGGUGGCUGUGGUCUCCAUACUGGUGUCUAAGCUGAGCACAGAGGAGAUCUCAAAACUGGGUGCAGAAGAGUUCAUCAUGAAGCAGCUGCUGAGUAUUGUCCAGCAGAAAGCAUCUCUGGGUCUGGUGGACUCCACGCUGAAGUUUGCACUGAGUGCUCUUUGGAACCUGACGGAUGAGACGCCCACAGCCUGCACACACUUCAUACAGUGCAGAGGAGUGGAGCUCUACCUGGAGCUGCUGGAGACGUAUUAUUCUGAGUCCUCCAUCCAGCAGAAGCUCCUGGGCCUUUUGAAUAAUGUGGCGGAGGUGGAGGAUCUGCGGCCGGAGCUGAUGAAUGAGGAGCUGCUGGAGCACAUUCUCCAGCUCCUGAUCAUGCCGCUGGUGGAGGUGGACGUCAGCUACUUUGCUGGAGGGAUUUUGGCUCAUCUGGUGUCCGUCAAGGGGCCCGUGUGGAGUCUGGAUGAGGAGCUGCGCUGCACAGUACAGGAAAAACUGCACUCCUCUAUCCUGUCAUGGAGUUCACCUCAGCAUGUGAUGGUUUCUUACCGGACGUUCCAGCCGUUUUUUCCUCUGCUGGACGUCUGUCAAAGUUCUGGUGUUCAGCUGUGGGCUCUGUGGGCGAUUCAGUUCCUCUGCUCUCAGAACGCCCCUCAGUACUGCAGUAUGCUGGAGUCUGAAGGAGGAACAGAUUUGCUGAGGGUCCUGAUCUGCCACACAGAGGCACACACCGACGUCAAGAGUCUGGUGGAAAACAUCCUCAAGAUCCUGGAGAGAAACCUUCAUCCCACAAACACAGUGGAGGCCGUUCAUUGAGGAAAUAUAAAAACAGUGGAUCCGACAUGCUGAAGGGAUUCAUCAGCCAGAAAUGUUUAUAACUCUCCACAGAACAUUUAUCUGCUGGUACAUUUGUUUUUUUCUGGCUAAACUAAUAGAAGUAAUGUGUUUUCAGUUUGUUAUUAAAAUGUGCAAUUUGUGAA